GUAGACUGUCACGCCGAAUGAUCUUCCUCGUCCAGAGAGAGCCUAUGCAGCAGGCCAAUGCACCCGCUAUGCACCGCUGACUCAGCUGACCAGCACAACAUCACAUGUUUUCUCCUCGUGUAGUUCGACGAUACGCUUCAGCCCAAUCAACUCCGAACGAAGCCAGUCGUACAAACACACAUAAUAUCCGAACUCUGGGGCAGUCCGCCGAAUCAUGCACAAUCCGGACACAAAACACCAAAGAUGACCGAACCCCCGAGAAAGCGCUCCCGAGUUGCCUGCACAUCAUGCCAAUCACGCAAGCGCAAGUGCACCGGGGACCAGCCCUGUUCAACGUGCGUGCAGUUCGGCGUGGACUGCCACUAUGACUUAGAGUCGCGCAAGAAGCGGGACGUCCGGCUCUUCCAACUGCAGUCUGCACCAUUCCUGGGACUUCCCAGCCUUGUAGACGGAGGAAGCAUGGGAGGAGGAGGAAGCAUCUCCAGCCGGCCGGAAUCCAAACACUCGCCCGACGAGACGGCAGCCCGGCUCAACUCGCUGGACGCCAACUCCGGCGCCGCGUUCGCCAGACGCCUCGGCCUCAAGAUCGACCCGACCAAUGCGCCCAAACUGCACCUCUUCGCCUGGAACGUGGGCGCACGACACCCAGCCCCGGCGUCCUCCAUGCCCGCCUCGUUCUCCCCGGCGGCCUCGCCCAUCGUGGACCUCAUCUCCCAGGACGAGAUGCGCGCGCUGGUCGCCGUGUUCUUCGAGAAGGUCGACCCCUGCUACGGCUUCAUCGACCGCGACGACCUCCUGCGCAACCUGAGCCGCCGGUGGCUGCCGUCGACGGCAGAGUCGGCCCUACCCUAUGGGGCCUUCGACGCGGUGCUCUGCGGCGUCGGCGCGUUCGGCUGCCUGUUCUCCCAGCGACAAGCCACGCCCGCGGAGCAGCAGCUGGCGGAGAGCGCCCGGCUGAUCCUCGAGCAGCACCAGGUCACCGACGCAACACCGUCCGUCGACCUGGUGACGGCGUGGGUUCUCCGCGUCGCCUACCUACGCAUGACCGCGACGCCGAACGCCGCCUGGAUGGCCAGCUGCUCGCUGAUGCACCUCAUCGAAGCGGCGGGACUCCACCUGGAGCUGCCCAGCGAGGACACAGACGCACCGCUCUGCAGCCAACCAGUGGAGCCGUGCAACCCGGAGAUUCGCCGACGGCUCUUCGGGAUGGCGCGACACCUGAAUGUGUGGAUCUCGUUUGAGCUGGCGCGGUCGCGGGUGGUGCUGUACGGCGCGACGUCUCUCCCACCGACGCCGCGGUCGACCAGCCAGCCGACGGAGAUCUUCGGGCUCCUGCCCAUGUCCGAGAGCCUGGAUCCGAACAAGACGCAGGACUCGCCGGCGCUGGAGGCCGCGCUCACGGACGUGCUGAGCGUGGUGCACACGCAGCCGCCGCUGAUCCUGGUGCAGUGUAACCUGAUGCUGUGCAUCUACCGCCGGCUCCGGGCGCUGAACUGCAUCAUCUCGGGCGCGCUGCUCGACCAAGUGCUGGCCAUCGCGGGGAAGGGGCUGCGCGCCGCGCGCGAGAUGGUCGCCGCCAACUGUCCGUGGCAUCAGGCGGCGAACGUGCCGUUCCAGGUCGUGUGCACGCUUCUGGCGAUCGACAACCGCACGGCGCUGACCAUGCUGGGCGACGCCAUGGCCACCCUGCGCGAGGUCGUCGCCGCCUACGACACCGAGGUCAUGCGCGAGGCCUACAGCACCGCGUACCUGCUCAUGCUGCUGCACCAGCGCCAGAAGGAGGAGGACACGAAGGUGCUCAAGGACGUGCUGCACGUGCACUCGGCCGCCUCGACGUCGCAAACCGAGGCCGGCGGCGGGCAGGCGGCUUCGUCUACCGAACCGCAUCAUUCGCUGGCAGACUAUCCCGGGUUCUCCUGGCUGAGUGAUCUACUGGUCGACAUGCCGAGUCUGCAAAACUUCGACAUGGAGCGGUUCAUGUACACCGACAUGCCGGGCACGCCCGGUGCGGGAUCGCUUCCUACCGGCUGAACAUCCCUUCUCCAAAGCAAAAAAAGAGUUGAUCAAUUGAACAGCGACGAUGGAUA